AUGGCCUCGAGUAGCUCCAAGAUAGCAGUUGUUGCUUUGGAAUUUGGCAUAAAUGGUUCCACCAAUCAAGUGACAAACAGUCCUCAAUUUCAUGUCACAUUGACAAAUUGUGACAGUGUCCAGAUCGUGGGUAUUACCAUUCAGGCACCAGAAAGCAGCCCAAACACUGAUGGAAUUGAUACGUUCCAAUCCACAAACAUAGUCAUAAAAGAUUCCACUAUUGGAACAGGAGAUGACUGUGUGGGGAUAGGUGAUGGGUCUUCAAAUAUUAACAUCAAUGAUAUCACAUGCGGUCCAGGCCAUGGAAUAAGCAUUGGAAGUCUUGGAAGAGGAAACACGAAAGCAGAUGUCCAUUCGGUUCACGUGAACGGCGCCAAGUUGACAUCAACAACGAAUGGAUUAAGAAUCAAGACAUGGCCGGGGGGUUCUGGCUUGGCAAGUGAUAUAACAUAUGAAAAUGUCCAGAUGGAAGACGUAAGCAACCCAAUAAUAAUUAACCAAUUCUACUGUGACACAGGUGACACUGGGUCUGGUUGCAAGUCUCAGGGUUCUGCUGUGAAAAUCAGUAAUGUAGAAUACAGUAAUAUCAGGGGUACAUCAGCAACAGAAGACGGAAUCACAUUGUCGUGCAGCCAAAACGGAUCUUGCACGGGCAUAACAAUGCAGAAUAUAGAUUUGAUAACUGGCUCAGGGGCGCAAGCCGCUUGUAAUGCCCAAAACGUAGAGGGUGAAAAUUCGAUUCCUCCACAUUGUCUGGGCAACAAUGGCCAAUGA